AUGCAGGCCCAAAGCCCGGAGACCCAUAUGCGAAGAAGCGUGUUUUGGGUGGGCAAUGUCCACUGCUCAUCCUGCAUUGCCUACAUCACCGAAAUCCUCACCGAGAUUCCAACCGUUCAAGAUAUUGACGUCUCUAUAUUGACUCAUGAAGUGCGCGUCUCACAUGGCCUCUCUGCUCAACCAACCGACAUCGCCUCUACUCUCAUACACGCCGCCUUCGAAGUAUACCAUGUAACGACAUUCGAUGAACAGAAAGGCAUUGUCUCCGAGAUCGACACGUCCUCAUGGAGCCAUCGGGGAUCUACAGUAUUCUCCACGCCCCGCGCAUCUUAUUCAAGCUUCUCCUCCAACAUCAAGGAGCGACUGCAAUCGAGCAGGGAAAAACGGCAUAUUGCCAACUGCGAUGCCUGCCAGAAGGAAGAAGCUCAAAGCCUCUCUCAUCAUUCUUCCUGGGCAGAGCCAUUGCAUGAGAAACUUCCCCAGGAUAUCUCCGAGGAGAAAGAAAUCGAUUUUUUUUUGCAAACGUCUAAGACCGCUGUUCAUACACCACCAUCUGUGCACAGCGAUGAGGCUCGGGUAGAGCCUGAAGCUUCGGCGCCUCAAAUUUCACCUGAGACCCCAGGGGCUCAGGCUUCACCGCAGACAAGCGAUGAGUUUAAUGCGCGUAUUAGUAUUGGAGGAAUGAGCUGUGCCUCGUGUGUCAAUGGCAUCACAGCUGCGGUUCAGCAACUGGAGUUCGUGAAAGAGAUCAAUGUCCACCUCCUCACCAACAGCGCCGCUGUGGUAUAUACUGGCCCUCGGGAAAACAUUGAUAUUAUCACGGAACAAAUCGAGGAUAUCGGCUUCGAGGCUUUUUUGGACGAAGUCAAUCGAGUUGCUCAGGCGCCAAGCACCGAGAAAAUUUCUACCCGGUUCCUUGCAGAGAUUGCGAUAACUGGAAUGACCUGCGGAUCUUGCGUCGGCGCCGUGACUCGUGGAUUGGAGGAAUUGUCUUUUGUUCAAGAUGUCUCCGUCAAUCUGCUGUCGCAUAGUGGUCGGAUUGAGUUUGAUGGACAAGACAACUUAGACAAGAUCUUGGAAAAGAUCGAUGAUCUGGGUUAUGAUGCUGCUGUCAACAGUGUCCAUCGUAUGUCCGAAAACAAGGAUGAAACUACUCCAGCGCAGUCCAGACUCAUCUCGAUUCGCGUCGAUGGAAUGUUCUGCCGCCAUUGCCCAGAACAGGUCCUUACCGCUAUCGAAUCGCUCCCAGGAGUCACUGUUGAGGAGAAUCUUUGCGAAGCGAACCCUAUCCUCAAAGUCACCUAUACACCCCAACCGCCCGCCUUGACAGUCCGCUCGAUCCUAAAUGCGAUCACCGAGUCUAAUGGUGCUUUCACUGCUAGCAUCUACCACCCGCCGAGCAUCGAAGAUCGCUCCCGGGCAAUGCAGUUGCAUGAACGACGCAGGCUGCUCACUCGUCUGCUCUUUGUUUUCGCUGCCGCUAUUCCGACCUUCUUGAUCGGCAUUGUGUUCAUGUCUCUGGUUUCUUCGAACCAUCCGGUCCGGAGAUAUCUUGAACAGACUAUUUGGUCUGGUAGUGUCACUCGCAUCGAGUGGGCUCUCUUCAUAAUGUCGACUCCUGUCAUGUUCUACGGCACCGAUGUAUUCCAUACUCGUGCCCUGAAGGAAAUCCAUGCACUUUGGCGGCCUGCGAGCCGGGUACCAGUCCUGCGGAGAUUGUAUCGCUUUGGUAGCAUGAACCUUUUGAUUUCUGCAGGUACAUCUGUUGCGUACUUUUCAUCACUCGCCGUUCUCAUUGUCGACGCCGUUGUGGGCACGAAGGGCAGUGCUCACAGCACCACUUAUUUCGACUCGGUUGUUUUCUUGACUCUGUUCAUCCUAUGCGGUCGGUUCUUGGAGGCAUACAGCAAAGCCAAAACAGGCGAUGCAGUCUCUUCCUUGGGAAAUCUUCGUCCCUCAGAGGCACUUUUGGUUGAGAGCUCAGCCUCAGUACCUAACGAGACCCCUGAGGGCUCUGAAUUCCCAGGCUCAGACCAAAUGACGCGAGUUGCCGUUGACCUGUUGGAGGUUGGUGAUAUGGUUCGCAUCCCUCAUGGUGCAUCUCUACCUGCUGAUGGUGUCGUUGUCGGUGACGGUUCUUACCAAUUCGACGAGAGCUCCUUAACUGGCGAGUCUCGUCCAGUCAAGAAAGCCGCCGGCGAUCAAGUCUACACCGGCUCUGUCAACGUCGGCCAACCAGUUCAUAUUCGAAUCACCGAACUUGGCGGGUCUUCUAUGCUUGAUCGGAUCAUCGCUGUUGUGCGCGAGGGCCAAAGCAAGCGUGCACCUCUUGAGAGAGUUGCCGAUAUGCUCACUUCCCACUUUGUCCCUGUAAUCACUCUCAUCGCCAUUCUUACUUUCGUGAUCUGGCUCGCUCUUGGUCACUCGGGUGUACUUCCCGGUGACUACCUUGAUACAGCUCGCGGUGGCUGGACAUUCUGGAGUCUGGAAUUCGCCAUUGCCGUCUUUGUGGUUGCGUGUCCAUGUGGACUCGCACUGGCUGCUCCCACGGCACUGUUUGUCGGAGGAGGCCUCGCAGCGAAGCACGGUAUCCUGGUCAAAGGUGGCGGUGAAGCUUUCCAGGAAGCUAGUCGUCUCGAUGCCAUUGUCUUUGACAAGACUGGAACAUUGACUGAAGGUGGAAGUCUCAAAGUGUCCGAUCAUGAGGUCUUGACAAAAGAUGAUGAUCUAGUGUCGGUCGCAUGGGCUCUCGCUCAGAAAAUGGAAGAAAGCAGCAACCAUCCCAUCGCGCAGGCUAUCUCUGCUUUCUGUGAGGCGCAGCCCAAAGUCUCAGUCCACUCUUCAGAUAUCCAGGAGAUCUCUGGUCAGGGUAUGAAGGGAACUUUCACUGUCUCUCGGGAUGCAUCUGAGUCUGAAGAGAAAUACGAAGCUGCCAUCGGCAACGAGCGUCUUCUCCACAGCAUUCUUCCCCCUGAAACAGAUACAUACUUUGUAUCGAGUUUGCUGUCGAAGUUUCAAUCAUCUGGAAAGUCAACCGCCAUUCUUUCUUUGCGCCGCAUCAUUCCAGAAUCCUCUGAACCUUCCUCCCUCGUUCCGGUAAUUAUCUUCGCGACCUCUGACACCAUUCGACCCGAGGCUAUCGACGUGAUCUCGAAGCUGAACAAUCAUCAUGUUGAGAUCUUUAUGUGCACUGGCGACAACCAAACUACGGCCCAUGCAGUUGCUGAUAUGUUGGGUAUCCCACGUUCCAACGUCAUGGCCAAUGUCCUGCCAGCAGAGAAAGCAAAUUUUGUACGCCAGAUCCAGGAAGGAUCGGUGAAGGCCGCAUCUCCGGGGACCGAGAUCAAGGCAUCGCGCAAUUCAAAGGCAUCGCGGCCCAUUGUUGCAUUUGUUGGCGACGGCGUCAAUGACUCUCCCGCCCUUGCUGCAGCAGAUGUCAGCAUUGCCAUGGCAUCCGGGUCCGAUGUCGCUAUCAACUCUGCUAGCUUCAUCCUCCUCAACUCAGACCUCAGCACGAUUCUCCAACUGGUUCUUCUCAGUCGACGCGUUUUCAAUCGUGUACGGAUGAACUUUGGUUGGGCUGUCAUCUACAAUUUGUGUCUGGUACCGGUUGCUGCUGGUGUCUUCUAUCCUAUCGUGAGCGGUCACCACGAGAAGAUGAUCGGACACGAAAUUAUUACUGUCAAUGAGCAUUGGAGGCUGAGUCCUGUGUGGGCCGCCCUGGCAAUGGCCCUGAGCAGUAUAUCUGUUGUGACGAGUAGUCUGGCGUUGAGAAUCGACAGAGCAGCCAUUCGAAAGCUUUUCCGUCGAAAGGACUAG